AUGUGCUAUCAUAAUUCUUUUAAAUAUUAACUAGUGUUGUCAUCAAAGUAUCUCAAUCUUCAGGUGAGGGUCCAUGGGGAUUAAAUAUCUUUCUUCUCAACAUUUACAAUUUUUUUAAAGCGUACUUUAAUUGAUAGUAAGUUCUGGCAGCAUGAUAAUUAGUGGUUCAAAUACUGUUUUCAUCGUCUAAUUAAUUUAUCAUAGAUUGCUUAAUAUUUUUCUUUAGGGUUCAAUAAGUCAAGAACCAACCCUUUUUUCUACAUGUAUGUAUAUGAAAAAACCAUUUUAACAUCUAAAAUAAGGAGAUCAAAUCUGAUGAGAAUUGGAAUUUGGAAACGAUAUUUACCAACUCAGAUGACAAGAUUUAGUUUGUCUUUUAAUCAUUUUAAAUAGAAAAACUUCGUACCACAGUCCACAAAAAUCUACCUUUCUUUUGUACCGGUUCGAUUUUAACUUGAAAUUAUUGGCUUCAUUUGCUAGCACUUCCUUUCUCAAGCUCAUUUUGUGGGAACCACAGCCAUGAGAUUUUCUAUAAAUUAAGAUCCCUCUCUUCCCCAAGAUUCAUCAAUCUCUCCAGCUUUUCUACAGAAAGAGAGAAAGGAAAAUGGCAAUUUGUUCAUACUUUUCAAUGGUAGCUAUCCUCGUUCUCAUCCUGUUUGCGACUCACCUAAACUUAUGCUUAGAAGCUAGAAAUAUUCUCAACUCUGAAACAGAUACAGAGUUCAUCAAAAUUUCGUGUGAUGCCACAAUCUACCCUGAUUUGUGUUUCAGCACCUUUUCUAGCUAUGCAAGCGAAAUCCAAGCCAGUCCCAAAAUAUUAGCCGGCAAGUCCCUCUGGUUGACACUAAACACCACGCUUUCUGCUUCGAAAACCCUUAACGAGCUCUCCAAAAGCCAGGGACUAAAGCCUAGAGAGGCUGCAGCUCUUCAGGAUUGUGUGGAAGAAAUAAGUGAUUCAGUUGAUGAAAUCAAAAGGUCUAUUGGUGAAAUGGAUGAGACUGAAGGCAAAAGCUUUGCUUUACGAAUGAGUGAUAUAGAAACAUGGGUGAGUGCAGCUUCGACUAAUGAAGAUACCUGCACGAAUGGCUUCUCUGAGAAUACCAUAGAUGGGGAUGUCAAAGCCAAUGUGAAGAGUGUAAUUGAGGAAGUUGCAUACAUGACAAGCUUUACCUUGGCUUUCGUAAAUCGCUAUGCGGGCACCAAAAAUUAACCUGUCACUUGAAAACAUAUGUACAAUUCAUUUCCUAAGCAAUUGCUUGUCUCACUAUAUUUUUCAGGAUUUGUCUCAAGCAACUAUUGCCAGUGCAGCUUCUGCGGUGGUUAGAUGGUGAACACAUGUUCUAUGGAUAUUGAUAAGCCUAGAUAAUUUUUAAAGAACAUGCUAAAUACAGGGCAGGAGUUCAUUGUAGUAAUGCUUUCUCAGAGUUUCAUGCCAUCUACUCUGCCUGGCAAAUUUUGCACUUCUCCUUUUGAAUGCAACAAGAGCCCCCAGCUGACAAAGACAACUAGGAAAGAAAUCAUGUGCAAGUCUAUUCCCAAAGCUCAGCCUGGUUUCCCAUGGUCCUACUUAUCACAACAGAAGGCCCAAAGCAAUCUGCCUCUCGGGAAAAAUUGAGGCUUUUUGUCACUACUUAUAGAGAGAAUGGUUUUCGGCUGUCUUUUUUUCUGUCCCAUGGCCCCCAGCUGAUCAAAUCAAUGUCCCUCUUAUAUAUGAAUAAAAUGAAGGAUUCACAUAAGCCUAAGCCCUAUGCUUUUGACGUGUCAAUGGAUGUUCACAUAGAUUCUUAGGAUCAAAAUAAGCCACCAUUAAUAAUUUUUU